UGAGGGAAAGGAGCUAGACCUGGGAAAGGCAGGAGGAAAGUUUUGUUACUCCCUUGAAAGGCGGGGAAGCUGCUCUUGGUGUGCGUGUGUGCAGGAGUUGCUCCAUCCCCUCUCUGGAGGAAGGUGGGGAGCUGGAGCAGGAGGAUGGCUUCACCCAUGCAGAUGGGAUAAACGAGCACUCUGUCUGCUUUUAGAAGAGCCCUCUGGGAGGUGAACUUCGCAGUGUGCCGGAGAGCACCCCUCCUUUUUCCUUUCCUUUGCUGGGUGCUGAUUUUUAUACUGCCUUGUGAAGGGGAUCGCAACUCCAACUCAGCUAAACCCCCAUGGGGCUUCAUUGCUGGACAGAACCCAGGUCUUGUGAGCCACCAGGUCUUUGGGCUUUGUCAGGAAGCAAAUGCCAGAAGGAAAAGUCACUUCAGUGCAUUUCACUGCGAGCAAAUGAGCAUAAGAAACCAGGUUUGGUUUUGGGAAAAACCCAGCGACAGUCUGUACUAUAAUCAUUUCCCACGGACGGAAGAAACUUGCUGAACUGAAUCCAUAUGGGAGGAAGCAUCUCGGAAUGAUAAGUCUGCUCUCCCCGUGCAAGAAUUCCCGUGUGCUCCGAGAGCAUUGUCCUUUGCAAGAGAGAGACACGGGCACACCGGGAACAGGAGGGAGCCAGGAGCGUCCUCCUGGAGCAGGAACUCGCAAGUCGUGCCGGAGAGGGCGGUGAGGUUUUGUAGGCGCCUGCUGGAAACACCUUGGGGGGGAGAGAGGAGCUGUUGAGAUGGAGUUUUGUGCGAUGGCACUCUCACUCAUCCUUGCAUUGCGAAUGUCUUCUCUUGCUUCUGGGAACAAACUUCAGCCCCAUAUGGCGAACGUCUGCGCGGAGCGGGAGCUGGCGAUCGUGGGGCACCGGCAGCCGUGCGUCCAGGCCUUCGCCCGCACCGUCAAGGUGUGGAAGCAGGACUGCGGAGGACGGCGGUGGUGCGCGGGCUACGAGCGGAGAACUGUGUAUUACACGGGGUACAGACAGGCGUACAGGGUGAGAUCCCAGACCGCCUACAGGUGUUGCCCGGGAUGGUCCCAGCUCGGAGGGGAUGCUGGCUGCCUCCACCCUGUCUGCAGUUUUGGGGUUUGUUUCAAUGGUGGAAAUUGCGUAGAAGGAUCUUCACAGCUCUGCCAUUGCUCCUCUGGUUUCCAAGGACCUCGCUGUCAGUAUGACGUGAACGAGUGCGAGGUGGGGAACGGUGGCUGCGAGUCCCAGUGCUGCAACACCAUCGGCAGCUUCUACUGCAAGUGCGCGGCGGGCCGGCGGCUGGAGCCGGACGGGAGGGCGUGCGCAGAUGUUGAUGAGUGCCAGGUCCACAAUGGGGGCUGCCAGCACAGAUGUGUGAACACCCUUGGAUCUUAUUAUUGUGAAUGCAAGCCAGGCUUUCGCCUGCACACAGAUGGCAGGACCUGCAUUGCUGUGAACACGUGUGCCCUGAACAACGGCGGCUGCGAACACGACUGCGUGCAGGUGACCCUGGCACAGCACCGGUGCCAGUGCCGGCACAAUUACCAGCUGCGGGAAGACGGCAAACGCUGCGUCUUGAGGAACCCCUGCGCCGAGAGGAACGGGGGCUGCAUGCACCGCUGCCACAGCCACCGUGGGACAGCCCGCUGCGACUGCCACCCGGGCUACCGGCUGGCGCCUGACAGCAAGGCCUGCGAAGACGUGAAUGAAUGCCUGACUGGACUAGCCAUGUGUGCCCACCAGUGUCUCAACACUCACGGCUCCUUUAAGUGUACCUGCAACCCGGGCUACGAGCUGGGGGCAGAUGGCAAGCGAUGCUACCGGAUAGAAAUGGAGAUUGUCAACAGCUGUGAAGCCAACAAUGGUGGCUGUUCCCAUACAUGCCACCACACCAGCUCUGGGCCAGUCUGCACCUGUAACUUUGGCUAUCGGCUUGAAGAGGACCAGAAGACAUGCACUGAUAUCAGUGAAUGUGACAAUGGUUCUCACUGUUGUCAGCAAGACUGUUACAAUUAUCCUGGAGGCUACGAGUGUGCCUGCUAUGCUGGAUACCGGCUCAGCACAGAUGGCUGUGGGUGUGAUGAUGUGGAUGAGUGCUCUUCAAAUAACGGUGGAUGUGAACACACAUGCCAGAACCAGCUGGGCUCUUUCCAGUGUGGCUGUGAGAUUGGAUACAAACUGGAAGGCGACCGGAGGAGCUGCAUCUCUAUAGAGGACACCGUGGAAGCUCUGGAUGGUCAGCGCCCCGUUAUCCGCCCAAUCCCUCACGUUGCCAUCCUGCGAGAUGAAUUUACCCAGCUCUUUAAUGAUGACUAUGAAGAAGAGGAGGAAGAGAUGGAAGCAAGAGGAGAGCAUACGCUUUCAGAGAAAUUUGUCUGCCUGGAGCACACGUUCGGCCCCGACUGCAGCCUGAGCUGCGAGGACUGCCGAAACGGAGCCCCGUGCAACGCGGACGAGACCGCCUGCGACUGCCCGGCCGGCUGGACCGGCCUCCUCUGCAACCAGACCUGCCCGCCCGGCACUUUCGGGAGGAACUGCAGCCUGACCUGCCGCUGCCAGAACGGCGGCACCUGCGAGCCCACCACGGGCGCCUGCCGCUGCCCGCCCGGGGUGGCCGGCGAGCUCUGCCAGGACGGGUGCCCUAAAGGAUUUUUUGGGAAACAAUGCAGGAAAAAGUGCAACUGUGCCAACCGGGGUCGUUGCCAUCGGAUUUACGGAGCCUGUCUGUGCGAUCCUGGCUUAUACGGACGGUACUGCCAUUUAGUUUGCCCCAAGUGGGCAUUCGGCCCCGGCUGCUCCGAGGAGUGCCGCUGCGUGCAGGAGAACACGCGGGACUGCGACAAGAAGGACGGCUCCUGCCGAUGCAAACCCGGCUACCACGGCGAGCGCUGCGAGACGCGCUGCGAGCCUGGCUAUUACGGGGAUGGCUGCAAGAAGAAAUGCAGCUGCUCUCCAGAAGUGUCCUGCGACCACGUCACCGGAGAGUGCUGGAAAGAGUGUCCCCUGGGCUACCGCGGGGACAACUGCGACCAAGAGUGCCCGGAGGGGACGUUCGGGGCGGGCUGCCGGCAGCCCUGCUCCUGCGGCGGAGCGACCUGCGACCGGAGCACGGGGCAGUGCCUCUGCCCGCCGGGCUGGACGGGACGUGACUGCGGCCAAGCUUGCCCUGAGGGUCGCUGGGGACUGGGCUGCCAGGAGAUAUGUCCCGAGUGUGCCAACAACGCCAGCUGCGAGCCCGCCACGGGAGCCUGCCUGUGUCCCCCCGGCUACACCGGCCACCGCUGCCAGGACGUGUGUCCUCCCGGCUGGUUCGGCCCAGACUGCCAGCUGAGCUGCAGCUGUGGGAACGAUGGACAUUGCCAUCCUGUGACGGGGACGUGCAGCUGCGCGCCUGGCUGGACGGGGUAUAACUGUCAGAGAGCCUGCGAUGCCGGGCGCUGGGGCCCCGACUGCGCUCACACCUGCAACUGCAGCAACGGCGACGGGAGCUGCAGCGCCGAGACGGGGCAGUGCCUCUGCGAAGCCGGCUACACGGGCGGCCGCUGUGAGAGGAAGUGCCCGGAAGGAUGGUUUGGGCUGAGCUGUCGGCACCGGUGUCAGUGUGACAAUGGGGCUGCCUGUGACCAUGUCAGCGGGGCCUGUACUUGCAGCCCAGGCUGGCGAGGAACCUUCUGUGAGCAUGCCUGUCCUGAUGGAUUUUAUGGACUGGAGUGCCGGGAAGCUUGCAACUGCCUGAACGGUGCCCGCUGUGACCAUGUAACGGGCCAGUGCCACUGUCCCCCUGGCUGGGACGGCCCCCGCUGUGGCCAGGCGUGCCGGGAGAACAGGUACGGCGAGAACUGCAGCCAGACGUGCGACUGUUUCAACAACGCUACCUGCAACCCCGUCAGCGGCCGAUGCCUCUGUGCUGCCGGGUGGACGGGACCCACGUGCCAGCAAGCGUGCCCGGUGGGUUUCUACGGGAGGAGCUGCCGCCAGCGCUGCCUCUGCCAAAACGACGGCACGUGUGACCCCGCCACAGGGCUCUGCACUUGCCCCGAGGGGUGGACGGGGCUGGCCUGCGAGCUGGAGUGUGCGCAGGGCCAGCACGGGGCAGACUGCCGGCAGCGCUGCGAGUGCCACCCCGGGGGGCUCUGCGACCGCCGGAGCGGCCACUGCCUCUGCCAGCCCGGGUGGACGGGCGAGAAGUGCGAGAGACCUUGUCCAGAGGGGCUGUUCGGGGCACGCUGUGAAGAGCCCUGCGACUGUGGGGACAACGUGUCGUGCCAUCACGUUACCGGCGCUUGCGACUGUCCCCGUGGCUGGAGGGGCCGGCGCUGUGAGAAAGCCUGCCUGCCGGGUUCCUUCGGGAAGGACUGUGCCGGGCGCUGCGCCUGUCCCCUGGGAGUGCCCUGCGAUCACAUCACCGGCCGGUGCGGCUGCCCGCCGGGCUUCACGGGCUCUGGCUGUGAAAAAAUCUGUCUGCCAGGGACCUUCGGUGCGGGUUGUGCCCAGAUCUGCCAGUGUGCCGGAGCCACCCAGGAGUGUCACCCUGUCACCGGGGCGUGCGUCUGCGCCCCCGGCUUCCGCGGCCCCUCCUGCCAGCUGGAGUGCUCCCCUGGGUGGUACGGCCAUAACUGCGAAAGGCCGUGCAAGUGCCGGAACGGGGGCCUGUGUGACAUUACCACGGGGACGUGCCACUGCCCGGCUGGCUACAUCGGCGCUGACUGCGGCGUGGGCUGUCCUGCUGGUCGCUAUGGCAAGGACUGUGCACGGCUGUGCUCCUGUGGGGAAGGGGCUGCCUGUCACCCUGUCACCGGAGACUGUGUUUGCCCUCCCGGCAGGGCUGGUCCCACCUGCGAGCAAGGCUGCGAGAAGCACCGGUAUGGGCUGGGCUGCCGGCAGACCUGCUCCUGCCGCAACGGCGGGCUGUGCGACACAGCCAACGGCUCCUGCUCCUGCGCGCUCGGGUGGACGGGGAAAUCCUGCGAAUUAGAAUGCCCGCCGGGAAGGUACGGUGCUGACUGCCAGCUCCGCUGCGCCUGCCUGCACAAUGCCACCUGCGACCUGAGGACGGGAGCCUGCCGCUGCCCCGCGGGCCGCUACGGGCCCCUCUGCGAACACAGUUGUCCCCCGGGUUUCCACGGAGCCGGCUGCCGGCAGCGCUGCGACUGCGAGCACGGAGCAGGCUGUGACCCAGCCACCGGCCGCUGCCAGUGUCCCGCGGGGCUCGGUGGCGAGCGCUGCCAGACAGGCUGCAAGGAAGGAACGUACGGCGAGGGGUGCCAGCAGCUCUGUGACUGUGUCGGCAACACGCCCUGCGACCCAGCCACGGGGCGCUGCCUCUGUCCCCCCGGGAAAACUGGCCUCAAGUGCGGGUCAGACUGCCAACCCACCCAGUACGGCCCAGACUGCAGCCUGGCCUGCCAGUGUGCCGCCGGCAGCUCCUACUGUAACGCCCAGAACGGCCAGUGCCUCUGUCUGAACGGGUUCAUGGGACCGACGUGUCGGGAAGGUGGGCCGCCUUGCCUGCCCUCGGCUGAGCACCCCCCUUUGCUCCCAGCCGCGCAGCCCCCGGCCCCCACCGGGUCCCCACUGGUCGAGCACUAGGUCCUGCCGCCGCUGCAAGCGCUCCCUCGGUGUGACCAAGCAGCCACCCGAAGAAGCCAACGACCUCCUUAACAAACUUGUCUACAAGCCACACGAGCUGCUGCUUUCGGGGUUGUCCGAGCGAGGCCGAAGCCCCGAGUGUGACCGGGCCACCGUGACGGUGUGGGCUGGGCUCCGGACACGCUGCGUGGACAAGUGCCCCGAGACCGGCGCCCAGACAGACCAGUUCAGAAGCAAUUGCUUAUGGUCAGCAAACUUGGACAGCUCGUGGCAAAUGGCCAGCCUUCAUCUUUUGGGUGCUGGGCUAGGGGAGGGGGCUGAAAUUAUGGUCCAAAAUAGGUAUUUAUGCAACAGUAUUUAUGGGAAGCUGUACAACAGUGUUGCCAGAACUGAUGGCUGGACGUCCCCAGCUCUCCUGAGAUCAUUCCUCCUGUAAAGUACCACCUCACUUGAAUUUUUAUUUUUAAUUUGACUUUGCAAUGGUCUUUUACUGUAAAUUAUCACUUGCUGGGGGGGGCUCCAGCGCUUACCACAGCACCUCUGCAGAGCUGGUGCCUGCAGCCUGACCCUCACUGCCAGCACCAGCCAAAUGCCCCGGGGUUGCUUUCCCUUGCUGAGAGCACCAGCUGCUCUUGCCCAGCUUUGCAGGGGGUUGGGAGCUGUUUUUUCACAGCAGGAGGAGGGCACCCCACUCGAGCUUCCCAUGUCGUUUGCUCCAGGGAAAAUUAAACCUAAAUGAAGUGGAAGAAUCAAAGAUGCGGUGGGGUUAGAUUCAAAGCUCUUGCAUGGCCUGGUAAAUGCAAAUCCUUAUUCACGUGUUCUCGCCCCAGCCCUGGACCGUGCAUCAUUUUCCUGUCCCAGCUGACCCAGGAGCUGGGGAGGGGCUGGAGGCAGGAGGGGGCUGCGCUCGGUGGUGAGAGUCAAGCCACGGCAAAGGGACCACCAUGGCCCCAGGGAGGGCCAGGGGCUUGGCAUCAGCAGCCUGCCCAAGCCAGGACCUGCACCUGUUUGCACAAAGCUCUGGGGGAAAUAGAGCCCGAGAGCUGACAACGUCAAAAGAACCCAGGCUCUGCCAAGGAGAGGGGACGUCCCCGUCCUGGCACAUCUGCCUCUGCUGCUGCUGCUGCAGCACAGCCCUGCCCAGGCGCUUGGCCUUUAAAUUAUUGCCACAGGGGCCAACGGAAAAUAAUAAAAGAAUUGUUUCUUUUCCUGAUGGAAUUUAUUUUAAUCUGUAUAUAACUUGUAAUUGUUUGCUAAUUCUUUUCCUAUUUUAUUUCUUCCUUAACAGUAUUUUUUGCAUUAGAUAUCAUUAUUGUGAAGAAAUAAUGUUAAUAUAAGUAUGUAGUGAAGGACCAAAAUGGUGUCGUUA